UUUUUUGUAUGAACUUUAGUCCGAAAUCUCCUGGUACUAAAGAAAGAUUUGGAAAUAAUCAUGAUCGAACUCUUACCCUAGAAAACUUUAUAAUUUCAAAAUUAAGCAGAUGCUACAAUAAACCAUACAUCCUAAUUAAAGAAACAUUUAAUCUAAAAUAUAAAAUUUAAUCCAUAAACACUAUUUGUUUUCUUUUAAAGUGACAUGGAUUCAAUAAUUAUGCUCCAGUAAGCUUUUGCUUUGUCUUUAUAAUCUUUGUAAUAAUAUAUUGCACGUUUUCGCACCUCUUUUCUCACUUUCUUCCUUUAUAAAUCCUUCACAUUUCUUCUCCUUAGCUCGUAAGUAACCAAACCUCAAAAAAUAUAUUACACAUCCCUCUCUCUAUGUAAAGAUCAGAUGGAUCAUCAAAACGUACAAAUAACCAAGAAGCUAUGGAACGUCGUACGUUUUCUCUUGUACAUAAUCCGCAAACGCGUCAGAAAACACAAACUCAUCGCCGACUUCAGCGCCACUCUCAAACGCGGCAAGAAUCUUAUGUUCCACCACCGUCGCCGCGUCCACGCCGCCGACUCCACUUCCUCAAACGCUCUAAACGCUGCUUCAUCAGCUGCCGCAACUGCACAUCUAAGCCACAGUAGUCUCUUCUCGUGUGUUCAAACGCCUCAGACGCUUGACGACGACGCAGCCGCUGCUAGAGCAGUUCUUGAGCUUCUUAACGGCGUUAGCGACAAAGGAAACGUUACGCCAGAGGCUUUCUCAAAGGCUUUGUCUCUUUACUUUCCCGGGUUUGGACGGACUCCACUGGUAAGGCCGUUAAGAGUAACGGACUCACCGUUUCCGUUGACCCCGGGAAAUGGUGACGUGGCAAGAAGACAAGUAAACCAAGCGGCUGAUGAUUUCAUAAAGAACUUUUACAAUAACUUGAAUCAGCAGAAAAAGAUGUUAGAGUCCAGCUAAGUGUUUGAUCAUUGUGUAUCUUCAUAUAUUUUUUCACUCUGUUUUUCUUUUUAUUGUCUCCUUUUGCUGGUUCUAUUGCAAAGAUGUAAUGAUGUUUUUGGGGGGUUUUAUUUUCGCAUUUCUGGAAACAAUUGGAUACUAUAUAUGAACAAAAUAUUGUUAUGGGUUAAUUACUAAAAUAACUGUUCUUUGUAAAUUUGUUGUAACUAAAGCAAAACUAUCAAUCUCUGGAUCCACAAACUUUCACAAUCA